AAUUAUUAAAGCAAUUGAAAAUAUAACAACAUGGGCAACACCUGCUGAUCAUGCGUCAGGAAAUAUGAGGUUCCUCUGAACAGGGAGGAAAGGCAGUCCCAAAUAGAGCGUUUUCGGGCAAUAAUGUGUUAUGAUUUCAAUAAAGGCAGAAGAAACGAGCAGACUGUCGAAGAAGCCAUUAUGAACAAACUGACUAAUGACCUAGGCCAGCCUGUGGUCUCCCAUGUCUGACACAUCCUUAUUUCAGAGUUUAGAAAAUUCAUGUUUAUUAUUGGCGAGUAUAAUCAUUACAGUACUUCUCCCAGUGCUCAAUCAUCAAUAAUUGACCAAAGCCAGGCUCAGCUAGACCCUCUCCUGGCUCCACCGGUGAUAGACCAAAUUUGGUGUCUUCUAAUCUGAAUGUCUUCAGUCUAUGAGCGUUUUUGCAAAGAUAUUUUUGGUGCAUAUUUACACAGGAAGUACUUUCUUGGAGCUGAGUCUCCAGAUUACGAGUGAUACUCUACCACUCUCGAUCUGUGCAAAAAGUACAUGGACAUCAUUCAUCCAUACAAAAGCAUUUGGCCAGACUAUAAUGCAAGUUGCUACUUCUCAGACUAUUUCGGGACCUGCUACUUACCACUAAGUUCUAUCAACGAAGUUAUCUGAGAUAUAAGUGACUACAACACAAAUGUACUAAAAACCAAAAUUACCAAAGCAAAGCUAAAGAACAUCGUCAGACACGUCAGCAAGAAAUUCACUAAGAAGAUAGUAACGAAAUCUUGUAGAAUAAUCAAGUUCUCCAAAGGAAGCAUCACGGUUGACAGCUACCAGGAGAUCUCUGUUGAAAAAUUAUUCAACAAAAUCCUGAACCGGUUGAUCAAUUUUCAUCCGUUCACCGUAAAGCUACAAAGCAAGCUACUCCUAGAUAAAAGUACCUGAAUGGCGUACAUCACUGAAUACAGCAAAUUCUUGCUCCUCAUGGUAAAGAAUGCAAAGAAGUGCUUUCCUUCAGCCACGAUAGAGACUAUCUGGAAAUGCCACUAUGAGUUCACCGAUGUUUACAGGGAAUUCUCCCAAGAAUACUUUGGUGAUAUCAGACAUCCUCCUGAGGAAGAGAACUGCUACUCCAAGAUUAACCUCAAGAAGUACGAAUUUACUCUUGCAGAAUACGAAAGAGUCUUCUCCAAGCCUGAAAGCCAGAUCUGGGAGGACGCCCAGGAUCGGUUCCAGCCAAGUGAUGACAACAAAGUCUAUGUCAACCUGAAAAAGUUAUGACUCGCCCAUUCGAUUAGAAUCUUUAAUCCUGAUUUUCUUUGUUUCCCGAAGCAAUGAAUGAAGACGCGGGUCUAAAUCAAGAUAUGGCCACCUUGGUUCAGAUAAUUAACCAUCGCGAAAGAAGAGAAGGACUUAAAAAGAGAGGCCAAAUUUAUAGAUGGAGAGCGUUUUACAAAGAAGAAUUGAUCCCAACCCAAAGAGAUACUCAUGCUACUCAGCCAGCCGAUCUCUCAGCUUCUGAAGAAUAUAAGAGUGAUGAGAUUGACGAGCACCAAGAUGAUGAUAGAUGCUUUAUCCCUCAAUUCUUACAAUUUGGAGGUCUUGUCUUUAUAGAUGACUGAAAUAAUCAAGAUUACAUCAGAGCUGACCAUCUCUCAAUCCUUUUGAUUCAAGGACUUCCAUCCAAGCUCCAAAAAUACCCUAUCAAGGAUCUGACACUUGACGACAUUGCAGAUUGUUCAAUAGCUUACGAGUAAAAACGAGAU